AUGGCGGAAGUAAGAACUAUUGGGUCUCUCCCAGUGCCUAAUGUGCAGGCACUUGCAGGAACUUGCAACGGUUCAGACGAACAGAUUCCUGAAAGGUACAUCAGGACAGAGGCUACUUGUGAGGAGGUCAUCAGCAACUACCAUGGUGACAUGGCGAUUCCAAUCAUUGAUCUCAAUAAGUUGCUUUCUCCACAAUCAUCAGAAGAAGAGUGUGUGAAGCUGAGAUCUGCCUGCCAGUAUUGGGGAUUCUUUCAGCUCAUCAACCAUGGAGUGCCAGAGGAAGUGAUUGAAAACUUCAGGAGCAACAUUAUUGAGUUCUUCAGCCUGCCACUGGAUGCCAAGAAGGAGUACUCACAGCUGCCCAACAGCCUUGAAGGCUAUGGACAGACCUUUGUUUUCUCUGAGGACCAGAAACUAGACUGGGGAGACAUGUUGUACCUUCAAGUCCAUCCUACCGAUUCAAGGGACUUGAGAUUUUGGCCAGUCACCCUGCAUCUUUCAGGUGAUCUACCAAAAGUUGUGCAACUUACCUUCUGA